AUGAUGCUCAACGAUUGUCCAACAUCAUUAAAAAACGCCUACGAUAUCGUUAACGACUAUACAGAAAGUGAAAUUGAUUCUAAAGAUACCCCAUCAGGACGCGUAUUAACAAAUGCUAUCACACAUCUUGUCGAAAAAUGGUACUCACGAAUAUUACCAUCUCGAAUCACGAAUACGUUUAUUAAUGCUCUACUGUAUAUUGUUGGUGGUGAAACGUUUCAUCGAAAACUUGGUCUAACAAAACCAUCAUCAAUAUCACUAUAUACAGUGUAUGCAUUAGCAACGAUACGAAAAUUUUUCAUGCAAUUUAUGCCACCGCGAAUAGCAAAACAUCGGUUAUCGGAUAAUUUAAUGAAAACAUAUUAUUCAUGUCCAGCAACAAGGUCAACAUUUACAAAUGUUGGACCACCAAAAGUUAUAGCAACGAUGACCAAUGAUAGCAAAGCAGAAUAA